AUGGCAGAAUACCCUGUGGCCUACAAUGGGUCGGAGACUGGGACCGGAGGGGACUCCUUGACGGAAGAUCUUAACAUCUACUACAGCUCUGGCGAUAUCGCAUGGGUUAUUGUUUCGACGGCCCUUGUCUUGCUGAUGAUUCCUGGAGUCGGAUUCUUCUAUUCCGGUCUUGCCCGUCGGAAGUCGGCACUUUCCUUACUAUGGCUAUCGAUAAUGUCCGUAGGAAUAGUCUCCUUUCAGUGGUUCUUCUGGGGCUACUCGCUCGCUUUCUCUCAUACUGCCGGAAAAUAUAUUGGUGACUUGAACAACUUUGGGUUCAAAGGUGUUCUGGGUGCACCGUCUGUUGGCAGCGACAAGGUCCCAGAUCUCCUGUUUGCUGUCUUCCAGGGCAUGUUCGCAUGUAUUACUGUGGCGCUCGCAGUUGGUGCUGUCGCAGAGCGUGGCCGCAUGCUUCCCUGCAUGGUUUUUAGCUUUGUCUGGUCCACCAUCAUCUACGAUCCUAUUGCAUGCUGGACCUGGAACUCGAGUGGUUGGGUGGCAAACCUUGGUGGUCUUGAUUUUGCGGGUGGUACACCCGUUCACAUCGCCUCGGGUUGCACCGCAUUGGCAUACUCGUUGAUGCUUGGAAAGCGCCGCGGACACGGCACCCACGAGCUCAAUUAUCGCCCGCACAACGUAACACAUGUGGUCAUCGGCACUGUAUUUCUCUGGGUUGGAUGGUUUGGAUUCAAUGCCGGCUCCGCCUUGAGCGCUAACCUUCGUGCCGUCAUGGCAGCCGUGGUGACCAACCUCGCCGCCGCCGUGGGUGGGGUUACCUGGUGUCUUCUGGACUAUCGAUUGGAGAGGAAGUGGUCUACUGUUGGUUUCUGCUCCGGUGUCAUUGCCGGCUUGGUGGCCAUCACCCCCGCAUCGGGCUUUGUCACCCCCUGGGCUUCAUUCAUUUUCGGUGUCGUGGGAGCCGUCGCUUGCAACUAUGCCACGAAACUGAAGUAUGUGAUCAAGGUUGACGACGCACUUGACAUCUUCGCUGUCCAUGGGAUCGGAGGUCUGGUAGGCAACCUUCUGACUGGACUUUUCGCUGCUGAUUACAUCGCUCACCUUGAUGGUUCUACCACAAUCGACGGCGGCUGGAUCAACCACAACUACAUUCAACUAGCUUAUCAGCUUGCCGACUCUGUCACCGGAAUGGCAUACUCUUUCUUCGGAAGCUGCAUUCUCCUCUUCAUCAUCAACCUGAUCCCGGGUCUCAGCUUGCGUGCCCCCGAAGAAGACGAGAUCAUGGGCAUUGACGACGCCGAGAUUGGCGAGUUUGCCUAUGACUACGUCGAGAUUACCCGCGACGUGAUCAGCACCGCCAACAGUGAGAACGGCGAAGCUGCUUCCAAGCGUAGCUUGACACCAACCGGCAACGAGACGACCAUAGAGGCCAAGGCUUAG